ACCAGCUGUGUCCUCCUGGCGAAUGGCUGCGAAUAUUAGUUGAUGCUGUAGAACCUGGCCAGAAAAAAAGAAUUAAUUUUACUUUUGGUAAGUUUUCAGUGGUAUGAAACAUCCUAUGGGCAGAAGAUAUUUGUAUAAUUGAACGCAACAUUUUUCAGAUGUUGAAUGUUCAAACGCAGGCUUGUACAGUCAGCUUUGCUUUAACUCCUCUGGCUUCUUGCGUUCCGCGUGUAAGCAUGUGUGAAGGCCAACGGUAGAUGAUACAUUUAAACGUAAUGUUUCAUUCUUAUUUUACUAACUGUAUGUGAAACUAUCCGUACGUGUGUGUUUGUUAGGCACAUUUAGUGAAUAUAUAUAUAUAUAUAUAUAUAUAUAUAUAUAUAUAUAUAUAUAUAUAUAUAUAUAUAUAUAUAUAUAUAUAUAUAUAUAUAUAUAUAUAUAUAUAUAUAUAUAUAUAUAUAUAUAUAGUACGGGACCAUAUUUUUGUACAAUACUAACCCUACUGGCAUCGACUUACACGUGCCAUAAAGUUAGCGCAAUUUAUUAUUAGGUUUCGAAAACGGCUAUACAGGUAAAAAGGUGAAACGAGUUAAAGUUGUAAUAUUGCAGUUAUAUACCGUGCUAACAUAUUAGGCAACAUAGUGAUACACUUCAAUUGUCCUCAAAAUUUUUUUCUUGGUGGCAAAUGCCCAUUUAUUAUCAUAAUAUUAUCAGUGGGCAUUGCUUCGUAGUUCGAUGGCUAAAAUGAACCAAUCAGCUGGCUAAAUUGCAUUGUUUGCUAAGAAAUUGUUGCGGCCGCAGAAUUUAAGAUAGUGUGCAUAAUGUCUUUGAUUUACUUGAAAAACUCAACAAUCAAUUCAUUAGGUGAUGAGGAAAAGAAAAAGGAAAUCGUUUCCGUGUCGGGUGUUUUAUAGAUACAAAAAAUUCACAUCCACAAACUGCCUUGUAUAGGGAUGUUCUGAAUACAGGUAUUUGACAAAAUAUGAACAUCAGAUAUGAAAUGACAUUUUGCCCGAUACUUACUGGAUAUUAUUUUUAACUUUAGAUUCCCAGUCGACUCCCCUGUUACAGAGAUUUAUUUUUACCAAUAUAUCAAAGGAUAAGGAAAUACUAAAACAAUGGUUAUAUUAGGCAAAACUAAAUAAGUAUUGUUGAAGUUCCAACAUUAGUACAUGUCAUACAAAUAUUAUCCAGAAUCCAGUUACCAUUUCUACUGGUAUCAUGUAGAGUACUAUUUAGCACAACGGGAUUUGGAAACAGGGGUGGAUUACUGGAUUUAUAGGGAAGGGGGUACACACCCCUGUCGGGCCUGGUCAACAAGGGUGCAAAAAAACCAAAUUCAGAAAUAUAGCACAAUUUCCAAGGUUUUUCAUUUUUUGAAAUCAAACUGAAGCUCAUAAUUCAAUGUAAAUUGCAGGAAAUGACAUUUCUAGGGUUUUAAUUUUCAAAGUUUUCCGGGGGUAUACUCUGGACUCCCUAGGGAGCUUGUUGUUAGCUAAUUCAUUUGAAUGAUCUCCCACCACCCCCUAGAGAAUUAUAAAGAAACACUCGGCUGCUCACCCAGAAAAACCUUGCUGGAUCCACCCUUGUCUGGAAAGUUGGUAUCCAGCACAUCCAUACACUGCAUAUAUUAUUAAGUGACAAAUUAUUUAAGACAGAAAAACAAUAUUUUAGGAUAAUUCAAAUUGUAAACGUUCAAGUUGUUUUGUCUAUUUUUAUUAUUACAAUGAACUCAUGGCAACAAUAUACAGGAGAUUGUGCUUUGUAUACCAUAUAAAUAAAUUAAUAUACAACUGCAUGUUCUGAACGUUUUUAUUCUUAACUUUAUAUCUGCUUGUUUCAUGUCAAUAUAUUUUGACAUAUGCCUGUUAUGAUAAUAAAGUUAUUUAUACAAAAAGUUUUAGUUGACAGUUGUGUUGGGGAAACCCGAAUGCAUUCCAUUCACCAAAAUGAAAACUAACUACAAAUUGAUUUUUAUUAGUCGCUGGGGCACUGUGCCCACAGCGACUCUAGGUUUUGGCACGCAUUUUUUUCGCGGAUCUCCAAUCGCAGUUCGCAAAUCUCCGUUGUACACAAAUUUCCAUUAUGCACGUCACGAUUUUAAGGAAAAUUGAGUAUAUUGAAGUGGAAACAUGUGAGACAACGACAUUGAAUUAUAGAACUAUAUACAGUAGUUCAAUUUAGUUAUGUUGGAAAAUUGAGCAAAAUUGAUUAUAUUUAAGUGGAAACAUUUGCGACAAGGACUCAAGAUUCUCUGCUCAAGGAGUGAAAAGACAAAAUAUCGUGAAUAUUUUUGUAUAGUUUUCAAGGAUUCAAGAUUGAAGCCUGAUAGAUGUUUCACAGUGUAAGAGCUGAAUGUAUUUUAUCUUCAGAUACGCUCAUCUCGCAUGAAUGUGCACAUAUUCGUCAUAGACCUACACUAAAAGAUGCUGAGAGAUUUCGAGCUGGGUCUAUGAUUCAUGAAUACAAACAUACCGUCGGGUACAAAAAAUGCAAAUAUACCUUCGGGUAUAUACAUGCAUUAUUCGUGGAAAGGCCUACACUAAAAUAUGUUGAGCGUUUCCGAACCAGGCCAAUGACCGCACGAAUACAAAAUUACCGAAAGGUACUAUCAUGUUGCUGUCAAAGACAUCAAACGUUUCUCAAAAUCUUAUUCUAAAAUGUUAUUUAAAUAUGUUUACAUCAUUAAUGCAUACAAAAUGUGACACACAUUUUGUAUGCGACAGGUAUACAAAACUUUAAAUCACAUAAUAAAUGUCCAUCAGUCUGCGCUUUGUUCAGACAUCGAGACCAAUCCUGGACCUGUAUACUAUAUAGAUCCUAGCAUGACAAUAAGUGCACCAUGUUGUCAGGGAAAUGAACUUAUAUUUGGCAAAACAGCAGGACAGCAAUGUUUGGCCAUGUGUUUAUUUGCGCUCAUAUACAAUAAAACACAGGGCAUUUACUCAUCACAAGAUUUGGCUCGGUUAAUGAAUGUUGGCAAUGAAUUAUAUUCAAACUUGACACGUUCGACAAGCCAAUCAUUUCUAAUGUUUACAGAACUGCCUACGCAACUUCCGUAUUCAACACAGAUUAUAUUCUCCAGUAUAGUGAAAGCUAUAGUGGCAGACCUGACUCGUCCCCAGUCGUCUCUAAAGGCCUUAAAAGCUGAAUUAACUCAUAGGAUUAACUUGAGAUAUCGCGAGACACGCGCAAAUGCAGUAAAAAUCACGCGCGGAGAGUGGGUGCGCGAGGGACGACGGGAAGGGAGAAACGAGGGAGACGACUGGCAGAUCCUGGAUUCAAGAUGGCCACUAAAACAAUGGCGGAUUUUGAAGAAAAUCAUGAUCUCCAAAAUAGGCCAUUUCAUCGUGCGUAUUUAGACGGAAAACUACCAUGUCCUCACAGAUCGGGUAAAAGUAACUCUGUGAAAGUAUUUUUCGAGGAGAAAGGAAUCGCGCAACAUUUCAGAACCAAAGAUAGUGGGAUUGUAUUUGACGAAGAGAAACAACUUCGAGAUGCACGCCGUAUAUUUAGAUUUUCUCACGGAGAAGAAACGAAACAGCAUUUGGAAAUCCUUUCCAAACAACGCCAGCUUCAGGUAGGUGACUUAAUAAUAUGUAUUGCUCUUUCAAGCACUGUGUUUGGCAAAUUAAUAAUUCAUGAGCUACAUGCAAAAAUUUACAUAUGUUUCGUCAGGUUGCUACUCUUGAAAUCAAAUCUACGUGUAUAUUCACAGUAUUUUCCAUCUCUCACUUAUUUUAGAGCAACGACUACGAACGCUUUAGCAUAUCAACGCGGUAUGAAGCCUGCCUUACCAUUGAUUUAGUGGCGAAAUGUCCACAAGAAUGUGCCAAGCUUGUAGGGAUGUUAUUAAUGCAUUAUGGUCAACUGAGAUCGUAUAGCGAAGGAGCGAAGCCAGAAAUACUGGAAGUGAGCAAGCCAGGGUUGUUUGUAAAGUUUAACACAUGGUAUUCCAAACGAAUUGUUGGAGAAAACCUCAUUACAAUAGUGGUGGCAGAGGCAAUUUUCGUCAAAAGGGUAAGAUCAGUAUCUAUGUUUUUAAUACAUGUAGUUUUACUGUAUUAUUAGAAUGUUAGGGUUUGUUUGUCAAACACACAAACAGGUUCAAUUCCUACCAAAGGACCUUGUGCAGGGUGUUAGCCAGAAGUAAAAAAAAUCCGCGUUUACCUGAAAUUGGGAAAUUUAUUUUAGCCUGAAGCCGGGCAUUUCUUUGUGGGUCUGGGGGCAUGCGGUUGCCCUCUCGAUUUUUAAAAUUUCUGUGUCUUUGAAAUGGCAUUUCCCACAUUGUGCGAGUAAUUUUGAGCAAAUGUAGUUAUAAACAUGUUUUUAAUUAAUGGUGUAUUAACAACAUUGAAUUUCUAUAACAAUUUUUUGGCUGACCCUAAUUGGGAAAUUGCGACCUCAAGGUAAUUGGGAAAACGGCGUUUAACGCGGAAUUUUUGACUAUAGCUAACACCCUGCUUGUGCUGCAUUUUUUCGCAGUCGUUCCUGGUAAGGUCUUAAAAUGUACAUAAUUACUUGGAUUACAAACCCUAACAUUCUAAUAAUAAUUCCACCAAGUGAAGUGCAAGAAACCACAUCAUUCAAGUUUUACUGUAUGCCACAAAUAGUCAAAAUUUCUUUCUCAUUAUGUGCAUACCCUUCCCAAUACUCAAAUUCUACACUUAAUCUGUCUAUGUUUUUUAUGCAACAUUGAUUUAGUCUAUUACAUUCAUUCCUAAAUUAUAGAUCUAUUUUGAUUUUUGUAGGAUCUAUCAUUAUAUGCAGGUCAAGAAAGCUCAGUGUCAACACGUACAUAUAUGUAAUAAUAUACAAACUGAAUUUGAGCUGACAGGAAACAAGAUUCUGGACACUUUGAGACAAGUGUUUAAGCAUGAAAAGUUCAGAGGAAAACAGCAAGAAGCGAUUGAAAGUGUCAUAAAUGGACAUAACACUUUGCUUAUAAUGCCAACAGGUUGUGGUAAGACAGUGUGUUAUGCUGUUCCUGCUGUAAUGGAGAACAAAGUUGCUGUCGUUGUAUUUCCAUUAUUGGCAUUAUUGCUUGAUCAAGCAGAAAGGUUAAGAAGAAAAGGUAUGAAUGUUUGCUACCUGAUGACCGAUAUGGAAGAAGAAGAAAGAGAAAAUGUAAUCCACAAACUGAACUGUAAUCCGCCAGAGUACAACUUCUUUUUUGUCACACCUGAAACUGUGUUAACACCUGUUGUGUUAACAUUAUUACAAAGUCUUUAA